ACGAAUGUAACCUAACCAGACCGAAACCAAAGCUCGAGCAGAGCACGAGAGAUACUUCCAGCUGGGCGCGAACAAUCUCUCUGAUUAGUUGGCACUGCGAGCUGAGCAGCAACGCGUCAUUUGGAGCCUGGAAGCAUAUAGAGAACAAUCAUCAUGUCUCAAGCACUGAUUGAGGAGCUGUAUAGCUUCAUUCACCCGCUGGCCGUCCAGGCGGGGAAGAUUCUCUUGGAGGGCUAUGAGAUGGCCAGUAAAAACGUGUCCAUCAAAGGCGACUUUUAUGACGUGGUCACCGACUACGACAACAAAAUCGAGGAUUUUCUCAUGGAGAAGAUACUGGCUACGUAUCCGGAGCACAAGUUCAUUGGCGAGGAGGCCACGGCAAAGAACAACAACGUAUCCGGUGAGCUAACGGAUGCGCCCACCUGGAUCAUAGAUCCCAUCGAUGGCACUUCGAACUUCAUCAAGCAGAUCCCGCACGUUUGCGUUUCCAUUGGUCUGUCCAUCAACAAACAGAUUGUGCUGGGUGUGAUCAAUAAUCCCGUGCAAAAGAAGCUAUUCACUACCAAGCUGGGACAGGGCGCCUUUUGCAAUGGCAAGGCUAUCCAUGUGAGCAGCUGCGACAGCAUCAAGAAUGCCAAUGUGGCCUACGAAGUAUCCCUUCUGCACGUCCAUUCGGUGGCUAACGACCAUAUUAAACGGAUCUAUCACGUGGGAUUGAAUGCCAGGAGACUAUUGGCCUAUUCCUGUGUGGUCGAUGAGCUGUGCAUGGUGGCCGCUGGCAAUUUGGAUGCCUUCUACAUCGAGGAUAUGUAUCCCUGGGACUGUGCUGCCGGCUCCCUGCUCGUUAAGGAGGCAGGCGGCGUGGUCUCGGCUCCCUUUGGUGGACCCUUUGACAUAAUGAAGCCAGAUCUGAUCUGUGCCGGAACAGAGAAGUUGCGCAAAGAGAUCGAGGAGCUGUUGCGCAAAGCAGCUCGGGAGGAUUCGGUGGGGGGCAAGCCAGUGUCCAAGUAAAUUAAGCAUGAGACACACACUUAAAACCGUUUGCGAAAAAAUGAGAUCUAAAUUAAAAGCUUGAACCCA